AUGCUGAAGGACGAGUCAGUGAGCAGUGAGCAUGAAGAGGAGUUUUUAAAAAAGAAUAAGGAGCAUUUGCUGGAGACCUUAGCACAGUUGAUGCAAAGUGCAAAGGAUUACAAGAAUGGAAAAAAUACUGAGUUGAUAGACACGUGGGCGGAAAGACUGGAAGAAAUUGCUAAGGAAUAUCGACGUGUAGUGUGUGUUUUAGAGAUGCAUGGUGGGUGCUAUAGAGAGGAACGUGCUGAGUUUGAAAAUAAAUACUGCGCCCUUCGAGCAUUUUAUACAAAACAAAUCAAGGACAACCAUGCCCAAAGUGCUCACACCGUUCACGUUCGUCAGCUCAGCCACAUUCGUUACCCUGAACUGAACCUUCCCCGUUUCACUGGCAAAUUGGAAGAUUGGUGUGUGUUCCGGGAUGCUUUCGAGUCCGCUAUAGGCAAUCGUGAGGAGGUAGCUAACAUCGAUAAGUUUCAAUAUUUGAAGGGACUAGUUCACGGUGAGGCUGCGAGAAUCAUUGAGGCCAUUUCGGUUUGUGAUGAAGGAUACAACGAUGCGUGGCGUGCAUUGAAAUUGCGUUAUGAGAACAAGCGUCAGUUAGUUCGAUGUCACAUAAAGGCCUUGUUCGAUACUCCUGCUAUGAAAAGGGAGACAGCCGAUGAACUUUUAGGGCUGGUGGACAAAUUCGAACAGCAUAUUUCCGUUUUAAGACGUUUGGGAGAAGGUACGGAUGCCUGGAGUUCUAUGUUGGUCUACCAGUUGUCAAUUCGUUUGGAUUCCCACACGUUGCGUGAAUGGGAAAACUACUGCGCUCGCCUCGAUUCAGACAACGUAGCCGCCGUGCUUGGAGGGACGGCUGACCCUAUUUUUGAGGAUUGUGAUGAUACCAUGCCAUCUUACAUCUCGAUGGUAAACUUUCUGCAAAAUUAUGCAAGGGUUCUUCAAUCAGUUGGACCCUCUUCCCUUGCUGGACGGGAGCGCGAACCCAAGCCUAAGCCACCAGUUAAGUUUGGCGCUCAUAUUAGCUGUUCGUCCACUAAGCUAGGUCCCCAGAGCACGAGAAAAUGUGAACAGUGUAAUCAGGAUCAUUCUCUCUAUCAAUGUCCGCAAUUUCAAAGAUUGUCAGACCAACAGCGAUUGGAAGUCGUCAGAUUCAAGAAGCUGUGUCUCAAUUGCCUCCGUCAUGUCGACCACUUUGCUAAAAAUUGUCCGUGGAAAUCAUGCAAUCGAUGUCCGCGUAAACAUCACUCACUUCUCCACGGAGCACAGUUUACACAGCAGACCCCUUCUGCUCCCCAGCCUAAUGGAACAGUUACCCUUGUAGCUCAACCGACUGCUGUCGAAAGCACUCAUACUUCAACUGCUGCACUGCAACCAUCGUCUGCUCAAUUUCAUUCUACACAACCACCAAAGGCCACCAGAAACCCCGCCACAAUGCAACCGUUUAGUUUGCCGGGGAAUUUUCACUACGCCACGGUAGCAUGCGAUAAGGAAAAUCAACAGAACACCGUAAUUCUUCCUACUGCGCUAGUAGAAGUUGAGGACAUUGGAGGACGCAGAAUCACAGCUAGAUGCUUGUUGGACUCAGGAUCGCAGAGUCAUUUUAUAACCCGCGCACUUUGUCAAAAACUGAAGCUUCCUUGUUCAAGUGCACCAUCUCCCAUUCUGGUCAGCGGUAUCGGCCAGACAACUACGAAAGCAACGCAAUUCGUCACCGCCAAGGUGUCGUCCAGAGUUUCUCCAUUUACAAUUGAACCCAGACUUUUGAUUCUGCCGCACCUUGCCAUCACUCUGCCAUCAUCUACCAUUAAUAUACGAGGAUGGCAUAUCCCUGAAGCAGUACAGUUAGCCGAUCCUACAUUCCAUUUGUCAAAGCAAAUCGACAUCAUUUUGGGUGCUGAGUAUUUUUUCAACACGCUACGGUAUGGUCGUAUUCAAUUGGGUGAGCAACUACCGAUACUGCAGAAUUCGGCACUUGGAUGGUUUGUCUCCGGCGCUUGCGUGAUAUCAGAUCACGAUCACACAGAUCCACGAUCCUGUUUUUCAAGCAGUACUGUACGCCUUGAAGAACUUCUUCGUAAGUUUUGGGAACUAGAAACAGUUCGGGACUCGAAGGGAUGGUCGCCCACCGAUCGAAUUUGUGAAGAACAUUGUAUUGCUAAUACUUCGCGAACGCCUGAAAGCCGUUAUAUGGUAAAACUACCGGAACGCGAAGAAUUGAUUAUACUGCUAGGCGACAACAAAUACCAGGCCACUCGACGAUUUCUCUCAUUGGAACGUUCAUUGCAACAAGAUCUAGAAAGGAUGGCCAUGUACAAAGAUUUCAUCGAUCAGUAUAUAUCCUUGGGCCACAUGCGUGAGGUAAGCCCUCAAGAACUUGAGGUACGUCCACAGUUUAUACUACCACAUCAUGGAGUACUUAAACUUGACAGUAGUACUACAAAACUGAGAACAGUAUUCGAUGCGUCUUGUAAAUCACGUUCCGGAUUGGCGCUAAACGAUACGUUGCUACCUGGGCCCACUAUACAGGACACUCUCGUGGCGCUCGUGCUACGGUUUCGCAUUCACAGAUACGUUGUUUCAGCAGACAUUGAAAAAAUGUUUAGACAGGUGCUGGUGCAUCCAUCCGAUCAACCGUUACAACGCAUCCUUUGGCGAGGGGAUCCCCGGGACUCCCUGAAAUUGUACCAGCUGCAGACGGUUACCUACGGGUUAAACAAUUCGCCCUUCCUAGCUACACGUGUCCUGUUACAACUGGCUGAGGACGAGAAAAUGAAAUUUCCAGUGGCUGCUCGCAUAGCUAAGAAGGAUUUCUACGUUGAUAAUCUUCUCACCGGAGCAAACGACACGUUAGAGCUUCAACGAAUUUGUAAGCAGAUGAUUUGUCUACUCAACGCCGGCGGUUUUCCUCUUCGACAAUGGUCGGCAAAUUCUCAAGAAGUUUUGAAUAUAGUUCCAGAAAAUCUUCGCGAAACCCGCACACUGUUGGAAUUAGAUCGAGAUUCUUCUAUUACCGCUCUCGGAUUACGUUGGGAGCCAGCCGCAGAUACGCUUUCAUUCAAACCACCAAAGUGGAAAGGAAAUCAACAGCUCACCAAACGGACUGUGCUGUCACAGAUGAGCAGUCUUUUUGACCCUCUUGGGUUAGUAGGACCAAGCAUAGUUCGUGCAAAAAUUAUAAUGCAGUCUCUGUGGAAACAUCAACUCGAUUGGGACGCACCAUUGCCGUCACAGUACGCACAGGAAUGGAACAAUUACCAGCUAGAUAUACCGUGCUUGGAAAAUCUUCGAGUACCACGAGCCGCAAUAUUGUUCCCGCAUCAUGAUCUGCAGAUCCAUGGAUUCAGUGACGCGUCAGAGCAGGCAUAUGGCGCAUGCCUUUACUUGAGGUCGAUCAACGCUUCCGGACAAUGUUCUGUACAACUGCUUACAGCAAAAUCCCGAGUGGCUCCAGUUGAUAGCAAGUCAAUCCCACGAUUGGAACUCUCCGCUGCGCUUCUUCUCACACAUCUUCUCGUCCAAGUCACCGCUAGUACAGGCAUCUCCAUACCAACCUACCUGUGGACGGAUUCCACCGUCGUUCUGAGUUAG